AUUGAUUUUCAAGUGGGGAAAGGUACUGGUGGUUUACGUUUUGUUGUCGACAAAGUACGGGACCUAAAGGGUACCACCAUCGCAAACUUCAAAUUUUUUUCAAAUGUGAUUAUGGUGGAGUGGCUGGCUAUAUGUGAGACUGGAUGAAGAGAAUCAAGUGGGUUGGAGCAACGGCAUAAGCAAUGUAUGGUGAAAUCGAUCGUCAGAAUGUACUGGAAUGUACUGGGACUCAAUUCCAGGAAAAAGCAGUCUCGGUUUUCGAGGUUCAUGACCACUCUGCUGCUCUGACUAGCAGAUCACGGCGGCACACAUAUUGAUCGAUGGCUAUGUUCCUUUCAUAGGGACAAAGAAGGUUGCGGAUUCCUAGCGACGGAAGCUUGUGUUGCACACAAUUUCCUAUUGCAGAGAUAGAUGAAGGGUGGGUGCUCUAAACAACCGGGCUAUUUCUCGGUUCCUUUGAAGUUCGUAUGGAGGAUUGAUUGCCCGCUCUCAUUGGUACUGUGAAGUUUGUGUGGAAGAUUGAUCGUCGCCUCUCUUGCUAGAGUUUGUUUUGUUCAGCAAUGAGGUCAGCAUGGUCUGUUCGUUGGUAUGUGGGGAUCAAUUGCAUCACAACGCACGACCUUGUGAAAAAACACUCUGUAGCCGUAUUCGCAAAGACAGUCAUUUUUUUUACGCGCUUCCGCGCCUUCAUGGGAUUCAGACGUGGGUCUCCGAUACCAACGUAGCUACCCGGCAAUGUCACUGGCAUGACAAUCGGUCCACCAUAGGUUGACCCAUCCCAGUCCUACUCCCUUACUAGGGAUGGCUUCUCUCUGUUCUCUUCAAAUCACCACCAGUCGAUAGGAAUGGUAUGCAAUAGUGAACUCGUUCCGACGACGCUGACCUUGGCUGAGCUUGGCUGCGCACUGUGAUGGUAGGUCCGGAUAGGAGACUGGGGGUGAAAGAGUUUUCUUUCUUUUUCCUUUUCUCAAGCUAGCUGGGUUCAUCAAAAUCAUUUUGUAUUUCAGGAUUCAACUCCUUGUUUUGGCGAAGAAUGUCGAUGUCACGUGAAGAAGGUGAAGAAUGGCUGUCAAUCCUGGAUCACACCUCUCACCGCAGUGAAGCAGAGAACAUUCAUUCCAUCUCAUUCAAAGGUCUGUUUCCUGAGGCCUGAUCUAAGUGAUUGCCCAGAUACUUGCACACCUGUUUAUUGCUGGUUGCAUCUGAUCGUUGGUUGUGUCCGAAUCUCUGAGGGGCAUGUUUCGCAUGUUGUUUGAGGCCUCCACGUCCCUCUAAACCUUGUCAUCGAAAAGAACAGUUCAAGAUGCGUAACCUACCACGUGUGUGCUUCAGGUCACCAUGCAAUGUGCAUGCAGAUGUAGUCAAGUACUGCCUGCUUUUCCCAAGGAAUACGUUUUAGUCUUGCCAGCUGUUCACUGACUGAGCAUAGACUGCGAAUGUCAGUAGGUAUACAGUUUGAAUGCAUGGCGUCAAGUGCAGCAUGGGCUUUACAAGCGUCCGACAAGUAUAACGGAAAAAGUGCACGGCAUGCAUGAAGCGUCUCCCGAGCCUGGAGUAUCGGAAUGGGAGAUGUCGGUAGUGUUGCUUGUUUCAGAUGAUGCGUGGUGUCGAGGUUUGCUCUCCCAUCCGAGUUCGCAGAGAAUCGAGGAGGUAAGACAAAUUAUUGCUACAGUGCUACUUUCAUUUGUGCGCACUGAUUCCGCUGCUUGUGUUCUCUUCUCUCGUGCAUGUUGCUGUUGCAUCCUCCACGAGAUAGAAAUCUUAAUUCUCUUUUCGGGACGCAGUGACAUGUUUACUUAAGAUGUCUUUGCCCCAAGGGGUGUUUGUCAUGUUUGCAUCAGUAGUCGUUUUCUCUUCGAUAAAAGGCCGACGACCUUGAGAUAUCAUCUUUGAACUGACCGGCCCCAGACAAUUUCAUAGGUGCUUUUACUCGUCUGAUUCCAUUGGAAUCCGUACUCAGGUCUGUGUUUCAACUGUGUUGAUAGGAGUACCAACUGCGCUGGGCCUGUCAGUUGCAUUAGUAGUCUCAGUUGCUUUCUGCACCGGGAAAACGUUUCGAAGGUGUGUGUGUGUGUGUGUGUGUGUGUGUGUGUGUGUGUGUGUGUGUGUGUGUGUGUGUGUGUGUGUGCCCAGCUUCACUCUCCGAAGGCGGAGUUACGGCACUAGGGUCUCCAUCGGCACAGCGCUGUGUUCUCUGUUAUGGAAGUCAAGAUAGGUGUGUGGCGACAUGCAUGUGACAGAUGCCUUCCAAGCAGAGGNGGCACAGCGCUGUGUUCUCUGUUAUGGAAGUCAAGAUAGGUGUGUGGCGACAUGCAUGUGACAGAUGCCUUCCAAGCAGAGGGAUGUUGAAGAUACCAUUUGGAGGAUGAUCACAAUAUCUUCAUAGGCACAGCGCUGUGUCCUCUCUUAUGGAAGGCAGAUGAAUCAUGAAUGUGUGGCAGCAUUCAUAACAGGAGCCUGACGAAGCAGAGAAGUGUUGAGUAUUGCUUUCCUUUUUUUUUUUUUAAAGCCAGUGGGGGGGUGUUGGAGGUGUGUGGAAGGGUUGCGUAGAAGUAAAGCGGAGCACAAUUGUGGAGAAGCAAGCCUUCACUGUUUGCUUAGCUUCGGCGCUUACAUGCAAUGUUCUGCACUAGCCAACUUUUGUCCUUUGGGAGUGCUCAUGUCCUUAAAUUCACAUAUAAUUCAUAGAGUUUGGUAAUACACCUUGGGCGUCGCUCCACUACUCUUGACAUUGCAAUGGACCUCCCUGCCAGCGUUAUCUUCCUCUCUCUCUCUCUCUCUCUCACUUAGCGCAGCACUCUGGCCUCAGCGCUCUGCUCCUCACUUCAGCGCACAAGUGCACCAGCACUUCCACACCUCUUGCGAAUGAGCAAUCUGCCCGAAUGUGAGGCUGGCCAGUCCUUUCAUGGUCUUGGUUUGCACUUCAACUCGUGCCAGCCCCUAUUUCUUGGGUCCUGUCUGGUUCCGGUACCACAUCCCCACGGCCUGUCGGCUACUGAAUGUCAAGGCGUGGAACCUUCACGAAUUUCCAUUGGACUGCUGCUGCUUGGGCCCUUGAGUCAUGACUUUUCACUUGUGAACAUGACUUUUGACUGUGGACAGUGUCUCUUGCCUGUGGGUCACGACUUUUGCCUGUGAUACUACCUUUUACUUGUGGGAUGUGUCUCUUCAAUACGACUUUUCAUCAUGAGACGUGACUCCUGCCUUUGAGACACGACUCUUGCUUGUGAGUCUGCCUUUUCACUCGUGGGAUGUGACUCUUCUAAAUGGCUUUUUAUUAUGGGACGUGACUCUUGUCCCUGAGAUGUGACUGUUUGCUGGGUGCCUGUUGGACCAGACUGCUGAGAUACCCGAUUGUGACUUUUCUGAGUUUGACGAACUCGGCCUUUUCUUGGCCCGGGCAUCUGACCCGGAGAUCUGAAAUUGGGGUCUGAAUCGUGGAAGGUCUUUCAACAUGCACAGAAGACAAAAAUCAUGGCGGUGGUUCUUUCCAUGUUCUAGCGGAAGAUUCGCUGCCAUUUUGCACAUUUCCAGAGUAGUGCAGCGAGGCCCAUAGUGUGGUUAUUCAUAGCAAGUACGAAUGGUGCAAAGAUUA